AUGUCAAAGCCUGACUCGGCGUCGGAAUAUGAGAUCCAGUACCGUUCGACGAUUCAGCCGAGAACUGCUGUUCGAUCACAAUCUCGGCAAAGCGGAAACUAUGUCUCCGGCGGCACCGGUGGUGGUGGCGGAGGAAGAGUGCUGAAGAUGGUGACGGAGAUGGGCUCUGCUACCAUUGGCGGCAUCUCACCAGCUCUUUCUGCUAACGCCGCCAAAUCUUUCCUGGAAGCAACCGACAAAGAAAAGAAAGAACUGCAGGGCUUGAAUGAUCGUCUUGGAAACUACAUCGACCGUGUGAAACGCCUUGAGGAACAGAAUCGAAAACUUGUUGCAGAUCUUGAUGAACUACGAGGGAAAUGGGGAAAAGACACUUCAGAAAUUAAGAUUAAGUACUCGGAAUCAUUGUCAACAGCUAGAAAGGACAUCGACGAUUCGGCUAGACGAAAGGCCGAAAUCGAUGUGAAAGUGGCACGUCUUCGUGAUGACCUUGCUGAAUAUCGGAAUCGCUAUGAAGACAUCCAGCAUAGACGAGAAUCCGAUCGUGAGAAGAUCGCACAAUGGACGAAUGCGAUCGCUGACGCACAAAAUGAGCUGGAAAUGCUUCGUGCCAGAUGGAAGCAAUUGUGUGACGAAGAAAAACGAUUAAACAAUGACAACGCCCGUAUUUGGGAGGAGCUUCAGAAAGCUAGAAACGAUCUUGACGAAGAAACUAUUGGUCGUAUUGAUUUCCAGAAUCAAGUUCAGACACUUAUGGAGGAACUCGAAUUUCUUCGAAGGGUUCAUGAGCAGGAAGUCAAGGAAUUGCAGGCUCUUCUUGCACAAGCUCCAGCCGACACUCGUGAAUUCUUCAAGAAUGAGCUUGCACUGGCUAUUAGAGAUAUCAAGGAUGAGUACGACUAUAUCGCUAAACAAGGCAAACAAGAUAUGGAGAGCUGGUACAAGCUCAAGGUGUCAGAAGUACAAGGCACGGCCAAUCGGGCCGCAAUGGAGUCUAACUAUCAACGUGAGGAGGUGAAGAGAAUGCGAGACAAUAUCGGUGAUUUACGUGGAAAACUUGGUGAUCUCGAAAAUAAGAACGCAUUACUGGAGAAGGAAGUGCAGAAUCUCAAUUAUCAGCGACGACCAACGACAGUACGAGAUGCGUAUAGUUUUCAUCAGGUCGCCGAAUUACAAGCUCUGCUCGACACUAAACAAAUGCUGGACGCUGAAAUCGCCAUCUACAGAAAGAUGCUCGAAGGAGAGGAAAGCCGUGUUGGACUACGCCAAAUGGUCGAACAGGUUGUGAAGACACAUUCACUACAACAACAAGAAGACACUGAUUCGACCCGUUCAGUUCGAGGAGAAGUUUCCACAAAAACCACAUUCCAGCGUUCUGCCAAGGGAAAUGUCACCAUCGCUGAGUGCGAUCCGAACGGUAAAUUUAUCACACUCGAGAACACACACAGAACUAAGGACGAAAAUCUUGGCGAACAUAAACUGAAGAGGAAGUUGGACAAGGGACGUGAGAUAGUUUUCACCAUUCCUGCGAACACCACAUUGAAAGCUGGAAAAACUAUGAAGAUUUAUGCACGCGAUCAAGGUGGCAUCAAUAAUCCUCCCGAAUCAUUAGUAUUCGAAGGCGAGAAUACGUGGGGUAUUGGAGCGAAUGUCGUAACGUCGCUCUACAACAAAGAAGGCGAAGAACGAGCCACACACACUCAGAAGACCAUUCAGACUGGCAUCUAA